AUGGGUGGAAACCCGUCCAAAAGAAACCAAAUCCUUUAUUGCCAUUACCAUCAGGAGAGAGGACAUAUAACAGAGGAUUACAAAACUUUGCUUGACCAUCUGGAUCAAUUGGUGAAGGCAGGGAAAUUGAAGCAAUUCUUGCACCAACCUAUGGGACAGUUAGGACAACUAGGGGCUGGGUAUCAGAGAGAUGGAACUCCUCAGCCAACCCUGGGCACAAUUAACGUAAUUUUUGCCACACCCAGAUGCGACGUUGGCUCCUACUCGAGAGUCAUGUCCAUGGCUUCAAAUCCAAACCUGGGGGAUAAGGUUCAAGUGUUUAAGAGGGCUAAAGUGGUGGCAGUGCCAACUUUGGGUUUCUUAAAGGAAGAUAAGGAGGGGACAUUCCAACCCCAUGAUGACGCCUUGGUGGUAACCCUUCGGAUCGGGGGAUAUGACGUGAAGAGGGUCCUUGUGGACCAAGGUAGUGGGGCAGAGAUUAUGUACCCAGAUUUAUAUAAAGGGUUUAAUCUCAGGCUCGAGGAUUUGGAGAAAUAUGAUUUGCCAUUAGUUGGCUUUGAUGGAAGAACGGUAAUCCCCCGUGGGAUGAUUAGACUACUUGUGCAAGUUGGGGACGAAGAGGUGCAAGUUAACUUCAUCGUGGUAGAAUCCUAUUCUCCUUAUACUGCUAUUCUAGCGAGGCCUUGGCUUCAAGCUAUGGGGGCAGUGUCGUCUACCUUACACUUGAAGGUCAAGUAUCCUACACAAGGACGAGUAAGAGAAUUGGUUGGAAAUUAA